AUGAUCUACGGCUUUGGAUGUGAAGCUGAACAGAAACAGAAACAGAAACAGAAACAGAAACAGAAACAGAAACAGAAACAGAAACAGAAACAGAAACAGAAACAGAAACAGAAACAGAAACAGAAACAGAAACAGAAACAGAAACAGAAACAGAAACAGAAACAGAAACAGAAACAGCAACAGCAACAGCAACAGCAACAGCAACAGCAACAGCAACAGCAACAGCAACAGCAACAGCAACAGCAACAGCAACAGCAACAGCAACAGCAACAGCAACAGCAACAGCAACAGCAACAGCAACAGCAACAGCAACAGCAACAGCAACAGCAACAGCAACAGCAACAGCAACAGCAACAGCAACAGCAACAGCAACAGCAACAGCAACAGCAACAGCAACAGCAACAGCAACAGCAACAGCAACAGCAACAGCAACAGCAACAGCAACAGCAACAGCAACAGCAACAGCAACAGCAACAGCAACAGCAACAGCAACAGCAACAGCAACAGCAACAGCAACAGCAACAGCAACAGCAACAGCAACAGCAACAGCAACAGCAACAGCAACAGCAACAGCAACAGCAAUGA